GCGGCCGCGGAGGGCGGCGACCGAGGCGCACGCGGCCCGCGCCCCAGGGCGGCUGCGAUUGGCCGGCCCGUGGCUUGCCCGCCCCCGCGCGCGGCCGGCGAGCGCUUCCCGAGGUCCGCGGAGGCCGCGCUGCCGCCAUGAGGCCCCGGACGGCCUGGCUGCUGCUGCUGCUGCUCCUGGCGCUGGCGCACCUGCUGGCCGCCGCGGGCCCCGACGGAGAUUCUUCCAAUAAAGAAGAUGCCAUUGAGGAUGAAGAGGAGGAGGACGACGACGAGGAAGAGGAGGAGGAUGACUUGGAAGUCAAGGAGGAAAAUGGUGUCCUGGUCCUGAAUGACAUAAACUUCGAUAACUUUGUGGCUGACAAAGACACAGUGCUGCUGGAGUUUUAUGCUCCGUGGUGUGGACACUGCAAGCAGUUUGCUCCGGAAUAUGAAAAAAUUGCCAGCACCUUGAAGGAGAACGACCCUCCCAUUCCUGUGGCCAAGAUCGAUGCAACCUCGGAGUCCGCGCUGGCUGGCAGGUUUGGUGUGAGCGGCUACCCCACCAUCAAGAUCCUCAAGAAGGGGGAGGCUGUGGACUAUGAGGGCUCCAGGACUCAGGAAGAAAUCGUUGCCAAGGUCAAAGAGGUCUCCCAGCCCAACUGGACACCUCCCCCAGAAGUCACUCUUGUGCUGACCAAAGAGAACUUUGAUGACGUGGUUAACGGCGCAGACAUCAUUCUGGUGGAGUUCUAUGCCCCGUGGUGUGGACACUGCAAGAAGCUGGCCCCCGAGUAUGAGAAGGCCGCCAAGGAGCUGAGCAAGCGCUCCCCCCCGAUUCCCCUGGCUAAGGUGGAUGCCACUGCGGAAACAGACCUGGCCAAGAGGUUCGAGGUCUCUAGCUAUCCCACGCUGAAAAUCUUCCGCAAGGGGAAGCCUUUCGAUUACAAUGGGCCACGGGAAAAAUACGGUAUUGUCGACUACAUGAUCGAGCAGUCUGGGCCACCCUCCAAGGAGAUCAUGGCUCUGAAGCAGGUCCAGGAGUUCCUCAAGGAUGGGGAUGAUGUCAUCAUCAUUGGGGUCUUUAAAGCGGAGAGCGACCCAGCCUACCAGCAGUACCAGGAUGCCGCGAACAACCUGAGAGAAGAUUACAAAUUCCACCACACUUUCAGCACUGAAAUAGCAAAGUUCUUGAAAGUCUCCUCGGGGAAGUUGGUCGUCAUGCAGCCUGAGAAGUUCCAAUCCAAGUACGAGCCCAGGAGCAACGUCCUGGACAUCCAGGGCUCCGCGGCCGGCUCGGCCAUCAGGGAGCACGUGCUGAGGCACACCUUGCCGCUGGUGGGCCACCGCCGCAGCGCCAAUGACGCCAAGCGCUACGCGCGCCGGCCCCUGGUGGUCGUCUACUACAGCGUGGACUUCAGCUUCGACUACAGAGCGGCCACUCAGUUCUGGCGGAACAAGGUGCUGGAGGUGGCCAAGGACUUCCCCGAGUACACGUUCGCCGUGGCCGACGAGGAUGACUUCGCGUCGGAGGUGAGGGACCUGGGGCUCAGCGAGAGCGGCGAGGACGUCAACGCCGCCAUCCUGGCCGAGGGCGGGCGCAGGUUCGCCAUGGAGCCCGACGACUUCGACGCGGACGCCCUCCGCGAGUUCGUCCGAGCUUUCCAGGACGGAACCCUGAAGCCCGUCGUCAAGUCCCAGCCGGUGCCCAAGAACAACAAGGGGCCUGUCAAGGUGGUGGUGGGGAAGACCUUCGACUCCGUGGUGAUGGACCCCAAGAAGGACGUCCUCAUCGAGUUCUACGCCCCCUGGUGCGGGCACUGCAAGCAGCUGGAGCCCGAGUACGCGGCGCUCGGCAAGAAGUACAAGAACCGCAAGAACCUGGUCAUCGCCAAGAUGGACGCCACGGCCAACGACAUCACCAGCGACCGCUACAGAGUCGACGGGUUCCCCACCAUCUACUUCGCCCCCCGUGGGGACAAAAAGAACCCGAUUAAAUUUGAGGACGGAAACCGAGAUCUGGAACACUUGAGCAAGUUCGUAGAAGAACACGCCACGAAACUGAGCAGGACCAGGGAAGAACUCUGAAGGCCCGGGCGGCCGAGGCGCGCGCAGGAGGGACCGCCCGGAGCCCGGAGCCCAGCAGCGGGGCCUCGGCCAGGGCAGGGUCUCUUGGGGCUUAGGGGUUUUGUACUCUGGUAUCUCACCUCAUGCUCUGAAUACUGAGUAGAGAAGAAUGACUCCAUAGAUUAGCCCAGAUUUUUACAGAGAAUACAUCUAUUUUUACCAUUAUUUGGGGUGUGAUUUUUUUUUUAACCUUCCAAUUUCUUUAAUAUAUUUCUUCAAAGCAGAUAAGUCGAAUCUCUUCUGUGUGAAUGGGGUUUUUUUUUCCUUUUAAAAUUUAAGAAACCGUUUGCCAAAUCACAUUUUUUUUUUUUUUUUGGCUUUUUAUUUUACCAUUGUCUGAGGAAUUACUAGCCGAAGAAGAGUUGACUGUCCAUGUGCUUUAGUUUUCAUUUCUUCCUGCGUGGCACCAGGAACGGUUACCAAACACCCUACCAGGGAUGACCUUUCAGUGCAACCUCUGAGCUGCCACCCAGUCCCUAGAGCAGAGGCAUCUCUGUGGGGGACUGGGUGUGGCCGUGCCUUCUGCAUUCAAGCCAAGGACUGCGGGCGAGGAGCGGCUCCCAGGUCCCCCAGACCCAGGGAGCCGGGUUCCAAGGCUCAGCCUUGGGGCGAGAGCAGCCACCCAGCUGGGUUAGAGAGCCCCACCUCUUCAGAACCAAUACUGCCAGAGGAGAGGUGACCUAGGGCACAGGUGGAUACUUUAGGGUGAUGGGAAGAUGGGGUAGGCUGUCAUGAUGGAAUAAAACAAUUACUGAAAAAUAA